GUCGUCGUCGUUGUUGCUCUUUUCCUCUUCUUUUUUUUUCUCCUCCCCCUCCCCCUUGUUACACGAGAAGGUCGAACGCGAUAAUACAAUAAGGCGGUCGUCAGAGGCGUCGAGGGCGAGAGGGCGUGCAGGAGGGCGGGAGGGGGGAGGGCAGGCGACAGGGAAGGAUGUCGAUGCGCCGCCGGUGGUCGGUUCGGGGGUUGACUCGCGCCGCGGGGGCGAUGAGCGCACUUCCCUCCGCCCUGAGACUGACCUGCUGCCGUUCCUGGCUCCUGCUCAUCUGCCUGCUCAGCCUGGUGUCCGGCUGCACCUGCCGCGGCACGCGACCGGAUCGCCUGACCCGCGAAUUACCGGCAGAUGAUGACGUGCGCGUAUCCAGCUACGACGACGACGACGUCGACGAAGACUAUCAGGACAACGUCACUGCAAAGGGGCAGCAGCUGGGCUCGCCGUGCGAUGUCUCGUGCAAUCCGAAACUGCAACACGUGUUCUGCGACACCGUCACUGGUUUUUGCGAGUGUGAAAAAUUCUAUCCAGUUCGUCUCGGCCCCUCGAAAGGAUGUGCCAAACCUAAAAGACUCGGGGAGCAAUGUUUCUAUCGCGCGAGUUGCACUUUUGCGGAUCAACACUCGACCUGCACCCAGGUGCAACACAAUGCCGUAUGCGACUGCGAAGAGGGUUACCAUAGGGUUUCCUUGUCCAGGCCUAGCAAGAAGGUGUUCUGCGCCGAAGAUCUGGUGCUGAUAACGACAGAUAUUCCGACCCUGCUCUGCAUAGCAUCGGGAAUAGCGGUAUUCACGGCGAUGAUAUGCUUCGUGCUCAAGUUAUUCAGCCGCGCGAGAUACUCGAGACCGCGGCACUAUGCCAACGCCAAUCACGCGCCUCCUAUGCUCUUCUCCAGCGACACGGGUAUUCCAUUGACGCUUCACGGUGGCCGACCAUCCUCGCGUUCGAGUCAGAGAAGCAGCACCGGAGGACCGUUGACCUAUGCAUUCUCGAGGAGGCCUAGCAGCGGUGGUAGCCGUGGUCCCCUGGUACCAUCGUCGAGAGCAGGUGCGGCACGUGCCGCCGCCAUCUUGCUUAUAUCGUGUCACCUGCAGGCGACCAAAGGCGGGAACAAGCAUCGACGUACCCUUAGCGAUGUUGCUGAGGGAUCGUCCGACGGCCUCGGUUCACGUCGCCCUAGUUUAACGUCGGUUCACAGUUCGACGUCCUCGGCACGCAGUUACAGCGCGAGACGGCUCGAGAAAGAGAGGAACGAGAAGGAGCAGAGGCAAGCUUUGCAGGAGUUGAGAUUGGCCAAGCAGCGGGAGCAACAGCAGCGAGAGCAGCAGCAACAGAUCGCCCCUACGCCUAGCCCUAGAACCCCUCAUUCCAUGGACGAGCUGUUGCCUUCCGUCGAGGAGGGGAAGGAAGUGUUUUAUAACGAGCAGGUGCCGACGACAUCGGACAUGACCGAAGAAACGUCGAUGAAAACAACGGCCGUAACGACAACCAACGUAAACGCGAGCAGAUUCGGCGAAAUGGCUCCCGUCACAACCUCGACAACGUCCAUCUUCGAAACGAACAUCGCGCCCCGCGCCACCGGUGACAUUUUUCAAGUGUAGUUAAGGACAUAAUAUAUUAUCUAUGAUGAACUAAUAUAAUAACUCACGUGACUCGAAUCGAACGGUACGAAGCGAAGAGGCGACGAAUUUUCAUUACACGAAUUACGUAGCAGCACAGUUCCGUAAUAAAGCUAAGAAAAAAAAGAAA